UUAGACACGCCCACCCGUAUCCAACAUCAACAAUAGACAACGUGCAAAACAAAAUCUCAGACCACAAACGACAUGAAAAUACAAAGAUAAUUUUGGCUCAGUAAUUAAAGCUUUUGUUAUUUAACUCCCAAGAAUGGAUACGGAAGCAAAGAUUCCCAGCACAAGGAGAAGAGAUCUCCCUCCCAUUCCUCAAGGACAGAGGCGGGGACCACGAACAUUGCCAUCUAUGCCAAGCCAGGACACAGCAGAGGAGAUUCCUGCUCCAAAGAGUAGGAAAAAGAAGGCCAAGAGGGAUGUGGAGAGUAUGGAUGAACAUGAUGAUGGUGGAAUGGAAAUGGGAGGGCUUACCAGUCGCAGACAGUCUGAAUGUCAGGAACCUUUGACCCCAGAACCUGUGGACAAUCCACCACAAAGGAGGAAAAAGAAGAAGAAAGCACAAGCAAUUGAUGUGGAGGGAGAUCAUACAGACCUGGUGUCAAAUGGAGAUAUGGUGGAUCAGAAUGUCGAAGAAGAGGUGAUGCGCAAACCAAAAAAGAGGAAAGUGAAACCUAAAUUCAUAGAAACACAGUCCAACAACGAAUUGGACAUAGAGGAUGACGAUAUCAUCACAGACCCCCAGGUGCCUGUCCCCCAGCAUUCCUUGUUCUCCGCUCCCCAAGGACAGAGCCAGCCUGUGGGGAAGGUGUUUGUGGAGAGGAGCCGUCGUUUUCAAGCAGCUGAGCGAGUGGAUCAGUGGAAGCCCAGUGGGCCGAUGGAGCAGAGCUUUAUGGACAGCCGCUCAGUGUGGACCACUAAAGAUGUCUCCUUGAGACUGCACAGCGGCUUUAGGGUGAUUGGCCUGUUUUCUCAUGGUUUCCUGGCUGGUUAUGCUGUAUGGAAUAUCAUUGUGGUCUAUGUUUUGGCUGGGGAACAGAUGAGCACUCUUUCCAACCUACUCCAGCAGUAUAGUACCCUGGCCUACCCCGCACAGUCCCUGCUCUACCUGCUGCUGGCCCUCAGCACGGUUUCUGCCUUCGACAGGUUGAAUCUUGCCAAAGCUGCUACGGCCAUGAGGAGUUUACUGACCCUCCGACCUGUGGCACUAGCUUCCUUCUUGUACUUUUCUGCACUUGUUUUAUCGUUAAGCCAGCAGAUGACGAGUGAUCGCAUCAAUCUCUAUAAUCAGUACUCCAGCUUUAAUGUGACACUCUGGCAGCCGGGCUCGGAGCGCAGCAUCCUUCACCCCUGGAUCAUAGUAAACCUGGUGGUCACUUUGCUGGUCGGGCUGGCCUGGGUUCUGAUGUCAACAAGUCCAGAUAUCGACCACACAGAAGAGUUUUUAAUGUUGAUGGAAAUGGAAUAUCCAAAAGCAGAAGAGAAGGGAAACAUCACUGCAUAAGGCACCUGAAGGCAUUUUUUUUCUACUAUAUUUUGUUACGUGGUUGAUUUGUCAUUGAAUAUAUUAGAAAUGUCAAACAUUUGCCUAUUGUAAGGUCUGAGCAAUAUAUUGUUUUUUUUAAAUAAACAAUUCUUUGUCUGA